UAUUAUUAUUAUUUAUUUAUUUUAACAGUGCUGGAAGCAGAGGGAUCUGCUCUGCGACCCAUGGUUUGGGGACCUGGACCGUUCCAUGGUCAAUAAUCAAAGGCUUUCAAAUAGACAUGGAUAAGAGAGGGGCUAUAGGAGAAGUUGAAAAUGGAGACUCUUUUCUUGACUUGGACAGAAUAACAGUAAAAUCUCAUCGUUACACAAAAGAAGAACUCUUGGAUAUUAAAGAGCGUCCCUACUCUAAACAGAGGCCUUCAUGUCUUUCUGAAAAAUAUGACAGUGAUGGCGUUUGGGAUCCUGAGAAAUGGCAUGCAUCUCUAUAUCCAAGUUCAGGGCGGACUUCACCAGUGGAAGGCUUCAAAAAAGAAUUGGAUUCAGAACGCACUUCUCUCAUGCGCAGAGUAGUUGAUCCUAGGGAGCGGGUGAAAGAAGAUGAUUUGGAUGUAGUCCUAAGUCCCCAGCGGCGGAGUUUUGGAGGAGGUUGCCACGUGACUGCUGCUGUUGGCUCACGUCGAGCAGGGAGCCCUUUGGAGAAGGAAAAUGAUGGUGUUCGUAUUGGUGGACGGAGGAUUGGCAGUGGAAGAAUAAUUUCUGCUCGCAACUUUGAUAAAGACCAUCGGGGUGGUGAAAAGGAUAUGCGUGAUACUAGAGAUGCAAGGGACAGAGAUCGUGAGAGGGACUACAAAGACAAGCGUUUCAGGAGGGAAUUUGGAGAUAGCAAACGUGUCUUCGGGGAACGUAGAAGGAAUGAUUCCUAUACUGAAGAAGAGCCAGAGUGGUUCUCUGCUGGACCCACAAGUCAGUCUGAAACUAUUGAGCUUACUGGAUUUGAUGACAAAAUACUAGAGGAAGAUCAUAAAGGACGAAAACGAACAAGAAGACGUACAACCUCUCUGAAGGAAGGAAUGGAGUGCAAUGGUGGAGUGGCAGAGGUGGAUGAAGUGCGGUCUGUCCCUGUCCAUGAAACUUCAGCAGACCAUGAAGUCCUUAGGGAAGCUGUUCUGCAAGAAUCAGCACCAGGAGAGUUUGACUUCAAUGAAUUCUUUAACCUGGAUAAAAGUGUUCCAGGGCUGGGUUCGAUGAUAGAGGAUGUGCUGGAGGAAGGUUCAAUGUCUGCUAGUAGGUUCAGUAGGUGGUUCUCUAAUCCUAGUAAUUCUGAAAGUCAUUCUAGCAGCCUGAGAUCCACACCACAUGAAGAACUGGAGAAUCUGGCAGGUCUAGAGCAAGCCAUUCUCUCCCCUGGCCAGAACUCUGGAAACUACUUUGCUCCUAUUCCAUUGGAAGACCACUCUGAAAACAAAGUGGACAUCCUCGAGAUGCUGCAGAAAGCCAAAGUGGACUUAAAACCGCUCCUCUCAAGUCUUUCAGCCAACAAGGAGAAGCUUAGAGAGAGCACACAUUCAGGGGUUGUACUUUCAGUGGAAGAAGUAGAAGCAGGGCUAAAAGGCCUGAAAAUGGACCAGGAGGGUAAAAUUGCUGCUCCAUUCAUGGCAGAACAAAUGGAGGCGGUAUUGAAUGUAGCUGGCUCCAGACCACUCCAGAGAGAUGGAGAUAUGUCUGCAUUUAAUAAACUAGUCAGCAGUAUGAAGGCAAGUGGAACUCUACCUUCACAACACAAGCUCAAUCAAAGCCUUGAAAGCCACUUGAUGUCUCCUCCUGAGAUCCCAGGCCAGUGUCUCCCAAAGAACAUUUUGCAGGAGCUUCUUUGUUCAUCCAGUGCCAGAUCAUCAACAAAUAUUCUUGGUGGCUUGAUAGGUGGUUUGGAACCUGCAUCACCUUUGAGCCAAAGAGCUCUUUCCCCUCCAGCGUCACAGGUGUUCCCAACUCGGGCUGCUUCUGCAGACUACCUCCAUCAUCGGAUCCCCUCACCAAUUGGCUUUGAACGAAAUGCUCAGCAACUGAUCAAUGAUCCGUUUCAGGGGAUGCUGAAGUCAAUGAGCCCAGUUGCUGCACAGAUGCAUCCCCUGGAGAUGCAGCAAGCUGCCUUAGAGGAAUUAGCUCUACCACAUGACUUAGCCAUCCAGGCUGCGAACUUCUACCAAACAGGUUUUGUCAGGUCACAAAUGGACAAAAGCAGAGAUGGCUUCAGGAACAGGCAGCGUCGAAUGACUAGGUCUCCUGUACCAGGCCACAGAAGGAAUGCAUCUUCUCCAACACCUACUGUAUCCAUCACUAGCAUGCUCUCUCCUUCCUUCACACCUACCUCAGUGAUUCGUAAGAUGUAUGAAAGCAAAGAAAAAAAUAAAGAGGAGCCUGUGUCUGGGAAAACGAAAGGCAGUGAUGGUAAAAAUGAAGGUCGAGGGACAAAUGAAGAUAACUUACUAUCAGCUAGCUUGGUGAAAAAUGCAGAUCAAGAUACUUCUCCUACUAUAGGUACCAGACGAUCUGCAUUGCAACGCUCUGCAUGUUCUACACCGCUUUCUCAACCAAACCGUUGCACCAAAGAACAAGACUACAGGCCUAAAUCGACUGGUAGAAAGACUCCAACUGGUAGAAAGACUCCUACAACAGCCUCCCCUGUACCAGGGGCUCCUUUCUUCCGUCCUGUUAACCAGGUACCCCUUGUUUCCCAUGUACCAGUUGUACGACCUGGUCAUGAACUGCAUCCAGGACUGGUCCAGAGGAUGCUGGCAAAGACAGUACACCCACAAAAUCUUCCUCUGCUACAAGCAGGUAUGAUUCCUCCAGGGAUGGACUUGUCUCAUUUACAGGGAAUACCUACUCCCAUCUUUGGCCAGCCUUUUUAUCCAUUACCAGCAGCAACACCCCUGCAGCUGGCAAUGAUGCAACAAUUACCACGAUCAGUUCUCCACUCUCAGGCCUCUGGAGCACAAGGACCUGCUGUUGGUCUGCAAACCACCCCUCAGAACAUGUCUUCUCUGACUGGACUGCCUCAUGUACCCUCACAGCUUGACCAUCGUGCCAGCCAGAGAAGUGGUUCGCCUAUUGGCCUUGCAAAAUGGUUUGGCUCAGAUGUUUUGCAACAGCCCCUUCCUUCCAUGCCAUCCAAAGUCAUCAGUGUAGAUGAACUGGAGUAUCGGCAGUGAACAGUAACCUCUAGGAGGAUGGGUAGCUGUUUCUUUAGACUGGAAAAAGAGUCCUGAUAGUAUACAUUGUGCUUCACCUGUUUGUUUUGAGGCUUUUAUUUUUAGCACUCUGUGUAGAACUUCUUCUUUUCAAGAGACUAAAGCACAUUGCACCUGUCCUGUUCUCAAUGUCUGGGUCAAGACUAAAGGAUCCUUAUGGCUUGAACCAUGAAGCCUGAAGACAUUUGGAUGCAAUACAAAACCAAUUAAAUCCUGGAAAUGUCUAUUUUUUGUUUUUUGUAAAAUAUGUGAAUGAAGUGUUGAUAUCCUUUUGUGUAGAGGGAGUAGCUAAGGAUUCCUCCUGCAGAAAACUAAAUGUAUAGAUCCUUGUGUACAGACUUGUGUAUAAACAAUCUUUUGUAUAUAUCUAGGAUAGCUUUUUUGAACCUAUACAGCUGUAUAUAAGAUUAGCUGAUAAGUUGAGCUUUUGUUGUGCCUAUGAAUCUUUCCAUUGUACAUGUGGGAUUUUUUGUUUGAUUAAAGUUGCAAUUACCAAG